CACUAUUUAACCACACCCAAACCAAUCCUGCCCUGCAUCAACUCUCUCAUGGCUUCUUCUUCUUCUUCUUCCCUUCUAAAAUUCUUCCUAAUCCUCUCUUCAAUCUUCAUUUCUUCCACAUUUGCUGCUCACAACAAAUCCUCCACAACCCCUCUAGAUCUUCUCCAUAUAACCUCUUUUUGCAAAACCACACCAUACCCAGAAUCCUGUUUGGAAUCCCUGAAGCUUUCAAUCAACAUAAACAUUAGUCCCAACAUCCUCAAUUUGCUCCUACAAACCCUCCAAACCGCCAUCUCCGAGGCCGGAAAGCUAACCCAUUUGUUCUCCAACGCAGGGAACUCAAACAACAUUGUUGAGGAACAGAGAGGCACAAUCCAAGAUUGCCAAGAAUUGCACCAAAUCACUCUCUCUUCAUUGCGGAAAUCAGAAUCAAAGAUCAAAGCAGGCGGUUCGAAGAGCCUAGCCGACGCAAGAACAUAUCUUAGCGCAGCACUCACUAACAAGAACACAUGUUGGGAAGGCUUGGACUCUGCUUCAGGACCAAUGAAGCCAGUCCUAUUAAAUUCAAUGACCAAUACUUACAAGCAUGUAAGCAACUCACUCUCUAUGUUGCCAGAAUCCGGCACCAAAAAAGGCCAUAACAACCGACGACGACUACUCGGAUUUCCUUCAUGGGUUUCGAGGAAAGAUCGCCGGAGUUUGCAAACGUCGGCAGAUGAGUAUGAUCCGAGUGAGGUGAUUACAGUUGCUGCAGAUGGAACUGGAAACUUUACUACUAUCUCUGAUGCCAUUAAUUUUGCUCCUAAUAAUAGUGAAGGUAGAGUAAUUAUCUAUGUGAGUCAAGGAGUUUAUGAGGAGAAUGUGGUGAUUCCAAGCAAUAAGCUUAAUAUCGUCCUGCUUGGAGAUGGAAGUGAUGUGACUUCCAUUACUGGGAACAGGAGUGUUGGUGAUGGCUGGACUACAUUCAGAUCUGCAACUCUUGCGGUGUCCGGCGAGGGGUUUCUGGCACGAGACGUAGCAAUCGAGAACAGUGCAGGACCAGAGAAGCACCAAGCAGUUGCGUUGCGCAUAAAUGCAGACCUAGCGGCGCUUUAUUGGUGCACCAUCAAUGGCUACCAAGACACAUUAUACACACACUCCUUUCGACAAUUCUAUCGCGAAUGUGAUAUUUAUGGGACCAUUGAUUAUAUAUUUGGCAACGCAGCCGUAGUCUUCCAGGCAUGUAACAUUGUAUCCAGGAUGCCAAUGCCAGGUCAAUUCACAGUAAUUACAGCACAAUCACGCGAAACACCAGAUGAGGACACCGGAUUUUCUAUACAAAAUUGCUCAAUUCUCGCCACGGACGAAUUGUACAACAACUCAAAUAGCGUCAAAAGCUAUUUGGGAAGGCCGUGGAGAGUGUACUCUACGACAGUCUAUUUAGAGUCAUAUAUCGACGACUUCAUUGACCCCACCGGAUGGACCAAGUGGGAUGGUGAAAAAGGCUUGGACACUUUGUAUUACGGAGAGUACGAGAAUUACGGGCCGGGUUCGGGGACGGAGAAUCGGGUUACUUGGCCAGGCUACCAUGUAAUGGAGUACGCCGAUGCGUAUAAUUUUACGGUCUCGGAGUUUAUUGCUGGUGAUGCCUGGUUGGACUCCACUUCAUUUCCUUAUGAUGAAGGGAUUUGAAAUCAAGAUAACAAAGGCAGGCUGGCAGGCAGGCCAAAUGACAACAGUACUAUAUACAUGUAAGUGGAGACAUUAAAACUUUUUCUGGGUUGACAACUUGUGCGUUGGAGUUAUUAAGAUGAGAAUGUGCAAGAGGGAACAAGUAGCCUCACCUACCAUGUGAUGGUCUUUGUGUUUUAAUCUAACAUAUUGGAAAUUGCGUCAUAUGUUUUUGUCUUU